CAUCAACAAGAAAGGUCAAAAAGCUUUUCAAAAGAUUGAAAGAAACGUCACUUUUCUAACGUUGAACGCGGUUGCGGAGCGUCUACAAUAAAUCAAAAAUACGUGCAAAAAAUGGAUUUACUUUCAUCAAUUCGUCAAUUAAGUGUUCAUUUAAUGAAAUUGGAGGAAAAAACAUUCACAGAUGGUGCCUUUUUCGACUCAGAUAAAAAGAACCUUUCGGAUUCACUUCAAAGUACCAAUUUUGAUGAUUUACUCCUGGACAAUCCAACAGUUAUUAAAUUCUUUCUUCAGCUUCAACAUCUAAUUGAGACUGCACCUGCUAAUUCAAAUGCUUUCUUCCAAGUUCUCCUAAUUCUGGAGGAUCUAUGUGAGCAUGAACGUAUCCGGAAGCAUCUGCAAGAUUUACGAUUUGUUCCUCUUCUGGGUAAUGUUCUUCAUUUCGAGGAAGUUAAAGAAAACAUCAGCAUGGUUCUGAAGAUUCUCGACAAAUUGACAAAAAAUUUAAUAAUUGAUUGGCCAGAAUUCUAUCUAACAACACUCAUACCAUUCCUGGUUGAUUCCAUUGAGCCGCAGGAUAGUGACAAUGCAUCCACAUCCUGCCUCUGCCUCUCAAUUCUCGUGAAUCUGUCAGAAAGUCGUCCCGGCAUUGAUAUUCUCCUCAAGUUCUGUUCAUCCAAAGAACUCAUCACGAAGAUUAAAUCAUAUGGGUUCUUAUCACUCAAAUUGCAUUACCUCAUUGAUUUUUUCUACAAAAACACUGAAAAUGUAAAUCAAAUUGUCUUUGCGGUUUUCGACGAAAUCGACAAGGCUAUAAUACAAAAUGAUGCAACAAUGUGUGAAGAAUGCUUCAAGUUUGUAAAGGAGAUUGCCAGGAAUGCCCUGGAAACGUGCACGGAGACAUUUGAGUCGAAGCUCUGGCUCCUUUUGGAUUGCCUCAAGAGAGCUCUUACCGAUGAGACCGUACGGGAAGUUAUUUUAAUUGCUGGACUUCAUCUAUUUAAAAUUCUUAUCCAAUCUUACGAUUCUCUUGCAUCAUUCCAUAAGAAUCUGCUCUCAUUCGCCCUUCAGUGCUUCCAGAGAGAUGCUCUCCUUCAGGUAGAUGCCCUCCUCUUGAUCAAUGCGCUAGGAGAGAGAAACAUCUAUGUGGCUGAAGAUGAAGAAGAUCAUCUUAAAAGUAUUUGGUCAAAAUUGUUUGAGUGGCUCAAAAAGGAUGUUGCUCCGAAUAAGUCACUUGCAGCCCUUCAAACCCUCAAUACAUUCGUACACAAUCCGAAACAUCAGGAGCUCAUCCUCAAAACCGUAAGCCGCUAUAGCCUUCAAGCAAUCCUAGAAUUUGAUGUAGAAGAGAAUGUUGAGAAAGUUAAGGACGAAAGAAUUCUCCUAAUUCUCGCUGCUCUCAACCUAAUGGCCACUUUCGAAGCAGUUGAGCCACAGGGAUGGUAUGGAUGUGUGGAAAAUGAGCUGAAAACCGCGGAAAUGCGUGCUGUAAUCACUCAAGGAUUCUCAAGGAAAAAUCAGGAUAUCUUCAAAUGCUGCCUAGAUCUCAUAAGACAUUCAAACUAUCCCUCCAAGGAAAUUUCCUGUGCUCUGUAUCGAAAUAAAGAGUCAGCAGAAGGGCAAAGUAGCUCCAUUGUCGCACAAUAUGAAAAGAUAGUUUCACCCCAACGAGUCCUCCAGAAGCAAAGCAGUCAAAUUGAUGAUCUUCUCAAGCAAUUCUCAGAAAAUCCUGGAGAUAUGUCUGAAUCAUCAGCUGCUGUCUUCGUAGAAUAUCAAGACAUCUAUACGUGUGCAAAGAAUGAUUUCUACAAGCAGCAAAUUGAAGAAGGAAAGAAACAUAUUGCAGCUCUGACCAAGCUCGUUAACACUUUGGAGGCAGAAAGGAGGUACACGAGAUCACUCAUUUGCCAAUAUAAAAUCAGCAAUGAGAAGGCUCACAAUGAAGUAAAUAAAUGUACUGCAGUGAUUGAGGAGCGUGAGAAAUCUCUAGCACAAGUUACCAGCAAAAACAAGGAUCUUACAAGGAGGAAUAGAGAAAUUGAACAAGAAUAUGAGAAGAAAUGCGUCGAGAAUAAACAUUUGCAAGAGGAAAUGAACAAUUACGUCACAGAGUCCAAAGGAAAAAUUAAAGAAUUGAAGGAAUUACUGAAGGGGCUUGAAGAGGAGAAAAUAAAGGAGCAAAAGAAGAAUGAAUUGUCUCAGAAGGUGAUCGACGACAUGAAAAAGGAAGCCAACAAGCGCAUCGCCAGAAUACAACACCUCGAGGAAAAAGUAAAAGAAGCUGAAUCAAUUAAGCAGAAAAUCCACAACUUGAUGAAUGGCCUCUGAAGAUUAAAGAAUAAAAUGUUGAUUUUUUAAAUAAAUUCACAUAUUUAAUAUAUUUUUCAUUGUGGUAUCUAACAUAGUAAAUUCUCUGCUUGACACUUUCUCUCAAUUUCUUCUUAACUCUUUUAUAAAGUUAAAAAAGAAGAGUUCGUGUCCCUACAAAAAUUGGUUUUGGGGUAAAAUUUACGCGUUCGCUUUAAGACAUUUUAUUGUUAAUAUACUUAAUAAUAUAUAACUGCACUAUUUAACCUCGUCUCCCUACUGAAAAAGACAUAAUACGUUACUGAACUAAGAGGACUAAGACAAUAUUUUUUUUAAUACAGAAAUACAUUUUUUUUGUUUAAUUUUAUCAAGUUCCACUAAAUUUUACUUUUUUCCGAAACCACAAUUUAAGUGAUUUUGUGUUUUAUCUGUAAUUAUUUUUUCUUUCUUUCUGAAAAGGGGGUAUAAAUAAUUUUGAAUUCGAUUUAUCUGUCUCCAGAUAAGAGAUAUUACUCUCAAUUGACUAUGUUGCACAAUUUACAUUUUUCUAAAAUAUAUAGAGUAAAAUAGGUGAUUAAUUUGAAGGAAUAAAUGUUAAAUAAAAUAUAAUAUAAAUGUUGCUUAUAGAAAUGCAUUAAAGUUUUUUUUU